GGCAGGGGGGCGGCGGGGCGGGCCCCCCCGGAGCCAAUGGCAGCGGCAAGGCGGGGAGGGUGAAGAGAGGCGGUGCCGGGCCGACAAUAGGGGUGGCUGGAGGGCAGCGUGGGGAGCGGGCAGGGCGGCCAGCCGGGCGGAGAGCUGGGCAGCACCUUGCGGCGGGCGGAAGUUUGUGCCCAUUGCCUCUUAUCCUGUUGCUGGAUACCACCAAGAGGAGCCCGGUUUCAUCUUCUUUGCACCUCCAUCAGUAACGCCCUCCCCAACUGAAGAUGUCUAACAAUGGAGUUGAAACAGAAGACAAACCGCCUGCACCUCCAAUGAGAAAUACCAGCACUAUGAUUGGAUCAGGAAGCAAAGAUGCUGGGACUUUAAACCAUGGCUCAAAACCUUUGCCUCCCAACCCGGAAGAAAAGAAAAGGAAGGACCGAUUUUAUCGAGCUAUUUUACCAGGAGAUAAAACCAAUAAAAAAAAGGAGAAAGAGCGGCCAGAAAUCUCCCUCCCUUCAGACUUUGAACACACGAUUCAUGUGGGGUUUGAUGCAGUCACGGGAGAAUUCACAGGAAUGCCGGAGCAAUGGGCGCGUUUACUGCAGACUUCCAACAUCACCAAGUCGGAGCAGAAGAAGAACCCCCAGGCAGUGCUGGAUGUGUUGGAGUUUUACAAUUCCAAGAAGAUCUCCAACAGCCAGAAGUACAUGAGUUUCACAGAUAAAUCGACAGAGAAUUACAAUUCAUCAAAUACAUUGAAUGUGAAGGCCAUUUCUGAGACCCCUGCAGUGCCCUCAGUGUCUGAAGAUGAAGAUGAUGAAGAUGAUGCAGCUCCACCCCCUGUGAUAGCUCCACGACCUGAACACACAAAAUCUAUAUACACCCGAUCUGUGAUAGACCCUCUUCCUCCUCCUACCAGAGACGCGGCCACCUCUCCUAUUUCUUCUCCCUCGGAAAACAGCACAACAGCUCCCGACAUGCUGGUCAGGAACAUGGAGAAACAAAAGAAAAAGCCAAAAAUGUCAGAUGAAGAGAUCUUGGAAAAAUUAAGAAGUAUUGUGAGUGUGGGCGAUCCAAAAAAGAAGUACACGUGUUUUGAGAAGAUUGGACAAGGAGCCUCAGGUACAGUUUACACAGCAAUGGAUGUAGCUACAGGACAGGAGGUUGCAAUCAAACAGAUGAAUUUGCAGCAGCAGCCCAAAAAAGAACUGAUUAUUAAUGAAAUCCUUGUGAUGAGGGAAAACAAAAAUCCCAACAUUGUCAACUACUUGGACAGUUACCUUGUAGGAGACGAGCUCUGGGUGGUCAUGGAAUACUUGGCAGGAGGCUCCCUAACAGAUGUCGUGACAGAGACCUGCAUGGAUGAAGGACAAAUUGCAGCUGUGUGCAGAGAGUGUCUCCAAGCUCUGGAAUUCCUCCAUUCAAACCAAGUUAUUCACAGAGACAUCAAGAGUGACAACAUCCUGCUGGGAAUGGAUGGCUCUGUCAAACUAACUGACUUCGGCUUCUGUGCCCAGAUCACUCCUGAGCAGAGCAAACGCAGCACCAUGGUGGGGACCCCGUACUGGAUGGCACCUGAAGUGGUGACGCGGAAAGCGUACGGGCCCAAAGUGGAUAUCUGGUCGCUGGGGAUAAUGGCCAUUGAGAUGAUCGAAGGAGAGCCCCCCUACCUCAAUGAGAACCCGUUGAGAGCCCUGUAUCUCAUUGCUACUAACGGGACUCCAGAACUGCAGAAUCCAGAAAAGCUUUCACCCAUAUUCCGAGACUUCUUAAAUCGCUGUCUUGAAAUGGACGUGGAAAAGAGAGGUUCUGCGAAAGAGCUGCUACAGCACCAGUUCCUGAAAAUUGCAAAGCCUCUAUCUAGUCUCACUCCUCUGAUUAUUGCAGCUAAAGAGGCAGCCAAGAACAACCACUGAAGUAGUGGAGUCAACACAGUCAUCGUGUCAAGACUUUUAGAUGUUCAUUUCAGAGACUGAAUUACCUGCCCCUCUCUCCUUCUGCUCCUUCUUCACAGAGGUGUUCUUCAAACUUUGAUCUGCCCUGAAGAGUGGCAGAGGUAUUUUUCACUGAAUGCGGAAGGUCACGCAACAGGGACAUCGCUGAUCUUACAUAGCAAACUGUCUUUCCAUCCUCGUGAUGGGAGUGAGAGGGGAAGAGUAUUUUGUAUGGUUGCGAAGGUCUUUUUGAGAACAUCUGAACCUGACCUACACAUAGCGAAGCCAGUUUGUUUUCAUAUUUCUUACUGUGUUUAUUUUUAAAAAUAAUAUGGAGCCUUAGACCAUGUUUAUCUUAAUAAAUUAAAUCUUUUGCUGGCUGGA